UCCACCUGGGAGCGCGAACCUCAGGGCCACGGAGAAGGUAGUGGGCUUGCAGGCAGGUUCCUCGCCCAGUGGCCAUGGGAGACAAGAGUGAGCAGUCUGCCCUACACACCUAUAAAUCCCUUGAUGAGGAGGGCCUCUUCGGCUCUGCGGAGCUGCCCAAAAGACCCACCGGGAGCCUGGUUAUGCACAGCAUGGCCAUGUUCGGCCGGGAGUUCUGCUAUGGGGUGGAGGCGGCCUACGUGACUCCAGUGCUGCUCAGCGUGGGCCUGCCCAAGAGCCUGUACAGCAUGGUGUGGCUCCUGAGUCCCGUCCUGGGGUUCCUGCUGCAGCCCGUGGUGGGAUCGGCCAGCGACCACUGCCGGGCCCGGUGGGGCCGCCGGAGACCCUACAUCCUCACGCUGUGCCUCCUGAUGCUCCUGGGCAUGGCCAUGUACCUCAACGGGGACACGAUCAUAUCAGCUUUGAUUGCUGACCCAAGGAGGAAGCGGAUUUGGGCCAUAAGUGUCACCAUGAUAGGUGUGGUUCUCUUUGAUUUUGCUGCUGACUUCGUUGAUGGGCCCAUCAAAGCCUACUUGUUUGAUGUCUGCACUCAUCGAGAUAAGGAGAGGGGCCUCCACUACCAUGCCCUCUUCACAGGUUUGGGAGGUGCUCUCGGUUACCUUUUGGGUGCCAUUGACUGGGCCCACCUGGAACUGGGAAGACUGCUGGGCACGGAAUUCCAGGUCAUGUUCUUCUUCUCCUCGCUGGUGCUCACCUUGUGUUUCAUUAUCCAUCUGUGCAGUAUUCCUGAAGCCCCACUUACAGAUGUUGCAAAGGACAUUCCCUCACAGCAAGCCCCCCAGGACCUUGCCUUGUCAUCAGACAAAAUGUACGAAUAUGGGUCUAUUGAGAAAGUGAAAAAUGGUUAUGUAAACCAAGAGUUGGUGCUGCAGGGAGGAAAAACCAAAAAUCCUGCUGAACAGACUCAGAGGACAAUGACCUUGAGGUCACUGUUGAGGGCACUGAGGAGCAUGCCCCCUCAUUACCGCUGUCUUUGCAUCAGCCACCUCAUUGGAUGGACUGCCUUCCUGUCCAACAUGCUCUUCUUCACAGACUUCAUGGGCCAGAUCGUGUACCACGGGGAUCCCUACGGUGCCCACAACUCCACAGAGUUCCUCAUCUACCAAAGAGGGGUUGAGGUUGGAUGCUGGGGCUUGUGCAUCAACUCUAUGUUCUCCUCACUUUAUUCUUACUUUCAGAAAAUUUUGGUUCCCUGCAUCGGAUUAAAGGGUCUUUACUUUAUGGGGUAUUUGCUGUUCGGCCUGGGCACAGGAUUCAUCGGGCUCUUCCCGAAUGUCUACUCCACUCUGGCCAUGUGCACCUUAUUUGGCGUGAUGUCCAGCACCCUGUACACGGUACCCUUUACCCUCAUCGCUGUGUAUCACCGCGAGGAGCAGAAGCAACGGGCCCUGGGUGGGGGCCUGGAUGGCAGCAGCAGAGGGCAGGGCCUGGACUGCGCCGCCCUCACAUGCAUGGUGCAGCUGGCUCAGAUCCUGGUCGGAAGUGGCCUGGGCCUUCUGGUCAACACAGCUGGCAGCGUCGUCGUCGUGGUGAUCACAGCCUCUGCGGUGGCACUGAUUGGCUGUUGCUUUGUGGCUCUCUUUGUUAGAUAUGUGGAUUAGGUCAAUAAAGAGACACGGUCCCUAACCUCAGACACCGUGGUGCACGCAGCAUGAAAUCAA